AUGACCGCCGAAGUACGCGACCUCAAGCCGCUCAACAUUAGACCUGUCCAGCAUCAAGUCCACGACCCGCCCAAGGCAGACCCCUUCGACUUCGAUCACCGCGAUGACAAGAUCCACAUCCUUCUCUGCGCUUCAGGAUCUGUUGCGACCAUCAAGAUACCGAGCAUGAUCAAUGCGCUUGCGAAACACGCGAAUGUACGGAUACGACUCAUAUUCACGGCUGCAGCAACCAACUUUUUGCAAGGUCAGAGCAACGAACAACCAUCGAUGGAAGACAUAGAAGCUCUGCCGAAUGUAGAUGGAAUAUACUUUGACGAAGACGAGUGGAGGGAGCCAUGGGUACGAGGCAACAAGAUCCUUCACAUUGAGCUGCGGCGAUGGGCAGAUAUCAUGGUCAUUGCACCUCUGAGUGCUAAUGAGCUCGCCAAGAUUACACAAGGCUGGUCAGACAAUCUUCUGCUAUCCGUUGUACGCGCAUGGGAUACCACAGGCCUGAUUGAUCCAGUAAGGAGCAUACCAGGCGUGCAAUGGCCGCAAGAGGAAUGCGGCAUACAAAAGAAGAGAAUACUAGUCGCGCCGAGCAUGAAUACUGCCAUGUGGUUCCAGCCUAUUACGAAGAAGCAGGUGCUGGUGCUGGAGGAAGAAUGGGGUGUAAAUAAUGGAGGCUGGUUCGAGGUGCUGCAACCUAUGGAGAAAGAACUGGCGUGCGGAGAUGUCGGAGGCGGCGCAAUGAAAGACUGGAGAGAAAUUGUGGAGGUGGUUGAGCAGCGGUUGGGCCUGACGCCUAAAUGA